CAGAUCUGGGGAUUGAUGGGUACACACCUACUGUACUGGUACUUGAUCGCAGCAGCGGCAGCAGCACACGCGGGGGUCUCCGUGCACCAGUUCCUGUGAUCAGAGGGGUGAUCCACACAUGGGAAAAUGACAAUCAAGUUUGUGGUCAUCCUCUUCACACUUCUGCUCGCUCAAGGUGCUCGGUCUGAUCUACUGGAAUAUGGCGACGACGAUGAAGAUCUUCAUGAUACCACUGUCAAUCAAAUGCUGGUCCCCCGGUCGCACCAGGAGGAUGCCACACUGAUACUGAACAAUUUACUGAAGGAAUACGACAAGACGCUGCGACCAGACAUCGGAGAGAAACCAACCAUCAUUGAUGUGGGCAUAUAUGUCAACAGCAUUGGGCCUGUGUCAUCCAUCGAUAUGGAGUACCAGAUCGAUAUCAUCUUUGCCCAGAGUUGGGUGGACACCCGUCUGCGGUAUAACAGCAGCAGCAUGCGGAUUCUAACCCUCAACAGCAAUAUGGUCGGCCUGAUCUGGCUGCCUGACACAAUUUUUAGGAAUUCCAAGAAUGCAGAUUCGCACUGGAUAACAACGCCCAAUCAGCUGCUCCGCAUCUGGAACAAUGGAAAAAUACUUUACACACUGAGGAUGACCAUCAAUGCAGAAUGCCAGCUGCAGCUCCAUAAUUUCCCAAUGGACGAACACUCCUGUCCUCUAGUCUUCUCCAGCUAUGGCUACCCACGAGACGAGAUUGUGUACAAGUGGAAGCGAAACUCAGUGGAAACUUCGGACCAGAAAUAUUGGAGGCUUUACCAGUUUGACUUCAUGGGGCUCCGAAACACAACAGAUGUGCUCACGACCACAGCAGGUGACUAUGUGUUGAUGACAGUUUACUUUGACCUCAGCAGAAGGAUGGGCUACUUCACCAUUCAGACCUACAUCCCCUGUAUCCUGACUGUAGUCCUCUCCUGGGUUUCAUUUUGGAUCAAAAGUGAUGCCACGCCUGCAAGGACGGCCCUAGGUAUCACCACAGUGUUGACCAUGACCACCCUGAGUACAGUGGCCAGAAACUCACUACCAAGGGUGUCCUACGUGACGGCCAUGGACCUGUUUGUCACCGUCUGCUUCCUGUUCGUCUUUGCUGCCAUGAUUGAAUAUGCCAUGCUCAACUACUACUCCUAUAGUAUACGCAGACCUCCACCCAAGAUGCACAGAAUGGCCUAUUCAUCGUUCAAUAUGAGCCGCACCCCUCGGCCCAUGAUGCCAAUUGGUAACUCCCUGUUUUGGCAUGACUAUGAUGACAACUGCCUGUAUGAGUGCUUGGACGGGAAAGACUGCAAGAGUUUCUUCUGCUGCUUUGAGGAGUGUAAAGACGGCGGUUGGAGGAAAGGACGGAUCCACGUCAAUAUCCGCGAGUUGGAUUCCUACUCUCGGGUAUUCUUCCCCACAUCCUUUUUGCUCUUCAACAUCGUCUACUGGGUCAGCUACCUCUACCUCUAGUCCACCCGGACUGUGAUCUGUGGGCCCCGUCAAAACAGCUCUCACCAUUUUGCAUUGCGGCUGGUGACUUGAGGUCUCAACUAAGCAUAGUGGAGGAAAUGAGAUGGAUCAGGUUUGUGGGAAUAUUCAUGGACAUGCCACUUCUGGAGUGAAUGUGAAGGCCACAGCAUUUUGAGAAGUGGUCCUUCACAGAGACUAAAACACCCAGUAGUGGAAUAAAAAGCCGCCAGCGUUAACUUAAGUGGAUAGGUCCCUUUUAUGACUCAAUGCCAAACUGACUUCAGAGACAUUCAGGGACAGGGUUGCAAAGCUGAAUCUUGGUCAUCGAGAUAGCGAAGCACCCACAGUGCCUUCUUCAGAAAGGGUGCGGCAUCAAAGGACGCAGCUUCUGAGUUCCCUCCAUUAUCUUUAUUACCUCACCCAUCACAACGCAGCAUGCCGAGCUGUUUAUUCUUUGGUGAAACAAACCCGGAUCACAGUUCUCACAACUUGAGAUGUUUAAAACUAACACUCACUAUUAAUUUUCUAGCACAUUAGUUUUAGUUGUACCCUAGGAUUAGUUUUCUUUUCUAAAUAGUAAUGUUUUCUUGUUCUUAUUAGAAUUGUGCUUUCAGAGCUAGUCAACCACACACACAUCAGUUGUUAAUUGUUUAUUAUGGGUUAGAGUCAGGAACAGUGGUUGUCUGCUAAAAUCUUGUUUGAGUCAGUGAGGUUUUGUUCAUUAUGCUUUAUGACCAGACAAUGAAGUUCACAGUAAGAGCCAAGAUUUUUUUUUUUUUUUAAAGAAUGCCAGGUCACAUUCUUACAUAACAAAUCUACAACUGAAUAAAUAUUAAUCUGCAUACUAAACAUGCAAAUCAUCACCAGGAAAAUUGUGUAUGUUUCAGGACAUGAAUAAGAACUUUUAGAAUAGUGCCUGUUUCUCCCUGAGAACAUCUCAUUUUACAUAGUUUUAUCCAUUCAAAUAAUUUUUAAAAGAGAAUAUUUAAAUAU